GCGCGGGGCGGGCACCGGGGCGGACGGGGCGGAGCGGGCGGACCGCGGCGGACUGGGUGGGCCGGCCGGGCGGAGACGGGCCGGGGCGAGCGGGCGGAGCGGGGCGGGCGGGCGCGGCGGUUCCGGCCCAGCCAUGGCGGACGAGGCCCCGCGGAAAGGCAGCUUCUCGGCGCUCGUGGGCCGCACCAACGGCCUCACCAAGCCCGCGGCGCUGGCCUCCGGCCCCGCCAAGCCGGGGGGCGCGGGCGGCUCCAAGAAGCUGGUCAUCAAGAACUUCCGAGACAGACCCCGGCUGCCCGACAACUACACGCAGGACACGUGGCAGAAGCUCCGCGAGGCCGUGCGGGCCGUCCAGAGCAGCACGUCGGUCCGGUGCAACCUGGAGGAGCUGUACCAGGCUGUAGAAAAUCUCUGCUCCCAUAAAGUCUCCCCAACACUGUACAAGCAGCUGCGCCAGGUCUGCGAGGACCACGUCCAGGCGCAGAUCCUCCAGUUUAGAGAAGACUCGCUAGACAGUGUCUUAUUCCUGAAGAAGAUGAACGCAUGCUGGCAAGACCACUGCAGACAGAUGAUCAUGAUCAGGAGCAUCUUCCUGUUCUUGGACCGCACCUAUGUGCUGCAGAACUCCAUGCUUCCCUCCGUCUGGGACAUGGGAUUAGAGCUGUUUAGAAACCACAUUAUUAGUGACAAGAUGGUUCAGAGCAAGACGAUCGAUGGAAUUCUGCUGCUAAUUGAGCGGGAGAGGAGCGGGGAGGCAGUGGACAGGAGCCUGCUGCGGAGCCUGCUGGGCAUGCUGUCAGACCUGCAGGUAUAUAAAGAUUCCUUUGAAGUGAAAUUUUUGGAAGAGACUAAUUGUUUGUAUGCUGCAGAAGGCCAAAGAUUAAUGCAAGAGAGAGAGGUUCCAGAAUAUCUUAACCAUGUAAGUAAACGUUUAGAAGAAGAAGGAGACCGAGUGAUCACAUACCUAGACCACAGCACACAGAAACCGCUGAUUGCUUGUGUGGAGAAACAGCUGUUAGGGGAGCAUUUGACAGCAAUUCUGCAGAAAGGGCUCGACCACCUGCUGGACGAAAACAGGGUGCCAGAUCUCACACAGAUGUACCAGCUGCUUAGCCGCGUCAAGGGUGGGCAGCAGGCAUUGCUGCGGCACUGGAGCGAGUACAUCAAGACUUUUGGGACAACGAUUGUCAUCAAUCCUGAGAAGGAUAAAGACAUGGUGCAAGACCUGCUGGACUUCAAAGACCGUGUGGACCAUGUGAUCGAGGUGUGCUUCCAGAGGAACGAACGCUUCGUCAACCUGAUGAAGGAGUCCUUCGAGACCUUCAUCAACAAGAGGCCCAACAAGCCUGCCGAGCUCAUCGCAAAGCAUGUUGAUUCGAAGUUGCGGGCAGGCAACAAGGAGGCCACCGACGAGGAGCUGGAGCGCACCCUGGACAAGAUCAUGAUCAUCUUCAGGUUCAUCCAUGGUAAAGAUGUCUUUGAAGCAUUUUAUAAAAAAGAUUUGGCAAAAAGACUCCUUGUCGGGAAAAGUGCCUCAGUCGAUGCUGAGAAGUCCAUGCUGUCAAAGCUCAAGCAUGAGUGCGGUGCGGCCUUCACCAGCAAGCUGGAGGGCAUGUUCAAGGACAUGGAGCUGUCCAAGGACAUCAUGGUCCACUUCAAGCAGCAUAUGCAGAAUCAAAGUGACCCAGGCCCUAUAGACCUCACCGUAAAUAUUCUCACGAUGGGGUACUGGCCGACAUACACGCCCAUGGAGGUGCACUUGACUCCAGAAAUGAUUAAACUGCAAGAAGUAUUUAAGACAUUUUAUCUUGGAAAACACAGUGGUCGAAAACUUCAGUGGCAAACUACUUUGGGGCAUGCUGUUUUAAAAGCAGAGUUUAAAGAGGGGAAGAAGGAGUUCCAGGUGUCCCUCUUCCAGACGUUGGUGCUUCUCAUGUUCAACGAGGGAGAUGAGUUUAGCUUCGAGGAAAUAAAAAUGGCCACCGGCAUAGAGGACAGUGAGCUGCGGAGAACACUGCAGUCCCUGGCCUGUGGCAAAGCACGUGUGCUGACCAAGAGCCCCAAGGGGAAGGAGGUGGAAGACGCAGACAAGUUCAUUUUCAAUGGGGACUUCAAGCACAAGUUGUUUAGAAUAAAGAUCAACCAAAUUCAGAUGAAAGAAACCGUUGAGGAACAAGUUAGCACCACUGAGAGAGUGUUUCAGGAUAGACAGUAUCAGAUUGAUGCUGCUAUUGUCAGAAUAAUGAAGAUGAGGAAGACUCUCGGCCACAAUCUUCUAGUUUCCGAAUUGUAUAAUCAGCUAAAAUUUCCAGUAAAGCCUGGAGAUUUGAAAAAGAGGAUCGAAUCCCUUAUAGACAGAGACUAUAUGGAGAGAGACAAGGACAACCCCAAUCAGUACCACUAUGUGGCGUGACUGUCAGCAGACUGUUUCCUUUUUGUGAAACAUUAGAAUGUAUCUCAGAGCAGUAAGCACGUCUGUGCGUGUCCAGGACUCUGUAACUGAACCAGCUGUGGAUACUUGGGAUGGGAAGGAAAGGAACCAGUUCCUGGACCAUCCUUUGAAAGGCUCAAGGAUUUUCAAAAUGUAUCCUUUUCCCCUCUAGUUCUUUUAGGCAUUUAAAUUGUUUCUAUUGCUCUGUGCAAAAUAACUUUGAGAUUGGACAAGAAGAUACUGGUUAAAACAAGUCCUUUAUGAGGUUCUGUUCUUGUGGCAAACAGCUGACAGUUUGGUUUGCUUUUGUGUAUAUUCAGGAACGCACAAUGAAAAAAACCCCAAAUGCUGCAGUAUUGCGUUGUAAAGAUUACCUGGUAGUCCUGAAGACAUGCAGUCUAGGUUGGUGAACGUUUAGAAUGAAACAAGAAUCCCUCAUUGGUGAACAUCAGGCAGAAACAGUGUCCAAAGCUGGUGAAUCAAUUAUGCAAACUAAACCCCGGCUUCUGUGUGUUUCCUGUAUUUCAGAAAGUUUUAAAUUUUCACGACUGAUUUUUCAUAAAUCAGGUUUCUAAGUGAGACCCUGAUGUGCCAAGAGGAUGCUGUGUCCGGCGUGUGUGUGUGUGUGUGUGUGUGUGUGUGUGUGGCCCACACGCCUGCGCUGUUCCCACUGAGUUAGUCAAGUAUUUUCUGUUUAAAGGUUUGGGGGGUUAGUGUGUUUAUGUUUCCAUUCUAAGAUUGAGUCUAGCAGUCCCUGUUUUUUGCAUUGGGAUAACUGCUGUUUGAUUUUUUUAAAUUGCAGUAUUUGUAUGAUUGCUAUGAUAAAGUUUGGUUUGGUUUUUACAGUCGAGCCCAGGGACAGUUCUUGUCCUCUGCUGUACCACUGUAAAAAGUUCUAUGAAGACUUGAAGUCUUGAUGUUGUGAAGCAGAGGUUAUUUUGUUGAAAGAUUAAAAGGAUUUUGUUGGUAUACCUGGUUUCAUGUUGUGUGUAUAUAUAUACAUGAGGUUGAACAGCGAAAUGAAAGUUCAGUAGUGAUGUUAGUAUGGUAACUAUGGCAAAGAUACUUUUGUGAUAACACUUAAAAGUACUUUAUAUUUACAUAAUAGCAUGUUUCACUUUGAUUGAAAGCUACCAAAGGAAUUUUGAUCAUGGUAUAAAGAGUUUAAAGCAAUAUUUUCUGGAAUAUACCAAGUUUGUAUAAUUUGAUUUUAUGCUAAAUUAUUAAAAGAUUCUCUUUUUUGAAACAUGCAUGUUCAGAAUAUGACACCUUAUGGGUUCCCAUAUUAAAACUCUCACUCUUUAAUUAUCAUCAUUUCUAUAUUUGUGAAUUUUCAUUUGCGUUCCAUGAUAUAUGGUCUGUGAAAGAUCAAACAAGUUUCUAUUUCUGUUUCCUAUAUUUUAAGUUCAUUGUGUCUAGAGAUUGUUAAUAUUGUAAUUUAAUGUAGACUCCUUUGAAUAAAAUUAGUUUAAUUGGCCUUAAAAUUACAUUAAUAAAACUUUGUGAUAUGCAAAU